CAGCGACAGACAGCAACAUGGCGAUUCUGGACAAGGUGAAGCAGGUGUGGGGGUCCCAACAGUCCCAAGGAUUCAAGUUGGCCGCAUGGGCUAUUGCGGGCGGCAUCGCGCUUGCUGCGUACGAGUACACCCAGCCGCCCAAGCACGACGACGAUUUCACCGACGCCGCGUCGUGGAACAAGAAGAUUCUGGACAAGAACGCCGCAAAGAAGUAACCGACCGGUCCCUCGAGUGACUGGUGCAGUACAUACACCAUGUGUAAUAUACACGUUGACACCUCCAUCAUAGUAUGAACCACAUCACGUUACUUGCUAAAUAUAUAUCUUCACCAACUGGGA